AGAAGUAGAAGGCAGGUGGGUGAAGGCCGUAGAUACCUUGGGCCUAGGGAAAUGUCCUGAGAGGAAUGUAGAGAAUGAGGAGUGCGGAAAAGGGCCGACGCACAUGGUGGAUGACGACAUGCUCUUGGGUGAUGUGGGCACAGGCAUAGGUGUUGAGGAUGUGCUGCAUACUGGCGUGGACGAAACCAAAGCAGUAUCUCCUGUAAAUGGAGACAUGUCAUCUAUGAAUAUGAGUGGUCAGGGAAAUGAAAUUAAGGAAGAUGUUGCAGGGUUCACUGGCAAGUUCGAGACAACAUCGCAAGUUAUAGAGGGACAGGUAUUGAGUACGGGAAACGACAUUGAUCUGCUAAGGGUCGUGUAUGAAGAGGUUCAGGAUCCUGAGGAUGAUGCUAAGGUGGUUGUUGAAGAACCAUCAACACAGAUUGUGGUGUAUGAAGCACCAAUUGCAAACCCGAAGGCGCUGCCUGCUGAGGAGGCAUUAAUGAAGGUUGAGAAGUUUAUGUACCAAGGACUUUUUAAAAACCACCUUAGAGUAUCGGGGCGCAAGUACCGGGCCCCGGAUGAUGUGCUUGACCCAAGUUUGUACAAGGGUCACUACGACAAGGAAGACACCCUAACAAAGACCUGGUACUACAACAUAUUUUUCCCCUGGGGAUGGCUUUCGGAUAAGCACCUAGAUGUCAUAUUCUACUACCUUAGAAUGAAAGGAGUAGAGUUUGGGAUGGAGCAGCAUUACACAACGACAGACACCCCAUUUCCUGCAUUGAUGAAGACAUUAUGUGCGAGGUCAAGUUGUGGGAUGUUUGUGGUGAAGAUGGCUGAGUUUCUGAUGAUGGGGUGCGAUGUGGGGGAUAUGGAUGAUCAUGAAAUUGCUGCCUACAGGAAGAAGAUGACUGUGGAGUUGUUAGCAUACUCUGCCGUGUAAUGUUAAUGAAUUUGUGGUGCUUGA